ACAUUCUGUGCAUCCAGAAACUGAAAUAUGGACACUGCCAUGAGAACAGCCGUGAUCAUUCGAGAUCGUUCAGCACUCUUCCCAACAGGAUCCGAGCACAGCGCGACGGCAGGAAUGGGGCUGGAGAUGACGGAGAGGUGGAUGUAGUGUUUGUGCUCGGGAUCUAGGACCAGGGGACCGCGAACCAGCUCUUAUAUCUGGGCGGGACGUGGAGAUAAGAGUUUAGAAUGAGGAAUAACGAGGAGACUGAGGGCUUUGAUGGCGAGGCCUCCAACACCUCGAUGAUUUCAGGAGCCAAUAGUCCGUAUCAGCCGACCACCGAGCCCGUGCACUCCAGAAACGUGUUCAGGGCCAUCAGGUGUGACCUGGACUAUAUCAAAUCACAUUUCGGUGUUUUAAAAGUUAUCGAAGUGGUCCUGGCUCUCAUUUCUUUCAUCUUCAUUGAGACCAUAAUGAUGUGCUCGCCCUGUGCCGGCGUCUACCUCUUUGAGUUUGUCAGCUGCAGUGCCUUCGUUGUCACAGGUGUCUUGCUCCUCAUCUUCAGCCUGAACCUGCACACCAAAGUGCCCCAUAUCAACUGGAGUCUAACAGAUCUGAUCAACACUGCCACCAGCACCUUGUUCUUCUUUCUGGCUUCAGUGGUUUUGGCAGCUCUCAACCAUCAAACUGGAGCAGAGAUCGCAGCUGUGAUUUUCGGGUUCCUGGUGAUGGGUGUGUACGGUCUGAACACAUUUUUGGCAGUACAGAGAUGGCGUCUCAGGGACUCGCGAGAUGGACCCCUGCAGACCAGCGAGUACAUCCGUGCUCGCACAGCCUCACGGGGAGAGGUGGAGUCACGGCCUGAGCUACAGUAAAGCACACAGGCAGACCAAUGAAGACUGAGACAAGCAAAGCCCCGUCUGCAUUCCUGGCACAGUGUGCUCUUUCAUAUCCUCGUGAUGGGAGCCUGACGAGCGGCAGUCAGGAAGAGCGCUUACAAACAAACAAUUGCGUGAACAGUCUAAAAUGGAACAAACCUCUGGCAUCUUCAUCAGUCUCAGGCCAGCAUCUUUUGACUUUAUACUUAAAUACUGUAUAUUUAUGUUAAUUAAGGGCUUUACCUUAUAAUGAUCUGGAUAAUUAUUGACUGAAACUCACUCCACUGUGCUCCUAAACUCCCAGCGGGGAAAGGUUUUAAUAAUGCCUGCAAUAAAAUGGACAAAACCUGUCAGUCACCGCUUGAAACCCGCUUCUAUUUAGCUCUGUAUUCUAUUUAGAAUGCAGCUAUGCCUUAAAUGUCUUAUCAAGGAUUAAAAAUAACUAUACAGAAUGGAAUAAUGGAAAUGAAUGGUUGCUAAAUAGACUGAUCUAAGUGAUCUUUCUGACUGAAAUGUAAUGGGAAUUUGUAGGAAGGUUUAUGAGCAAAAAUAUUUUUUUUUUUUAUUGUUUUAUUUUCUCUGCCAUUGUGUUCCUGUAUCAAACACAUCUAGUAAACUGCCGUUGCAUUGGGCUGUUUUUCUGUAGAGAUGAAGUGACUAGAUGAUAGGAGCAUCAGUAUUUAUUUUAAUGUUAAUUAUUUUUUGUAAUACCACAGCUUUGGUAGCUACAUUGUAUCAAAUGUAGAAUUUCACCUCGUGAAUGUGUCCCUGCAUUGCAACAGACAGUUACAGCUUUCAGAUUGUCUGUGUGCGUGAAGGGAGGUGUGAGUUUAUGAAACUUUUUAGUCUAAUCUUUAGAUGAUACAAAUGUUUAGUUACUAAAUCGUGUGUGCAUAGUCUGUUGGUCAUUUUUGUUGUUUGUAAUAUUUUCUCUACUCCACUGUGUACUCCAAGUUAUCUGUAUAUGUCGAUUUAAGCAAGGGUAGAGUUUUUGAAGAAGGUGUAUAUACUACGUAUCUGUGUGUGACAUUUUACAUUUCUGAAGGUUUCCUAUUUGUAUGAAUUCUGACACUAAUAGACUGUAUUUGAAGGAACAAGUGUACUGCAGUACAUAUGAAUGCAUUAGCUAAACUAUCUUUUUUCUGUGUGCUUUAAUCAUAGAGGCUUUAUUAGUCGAAACCCUUGGACACUAAUGUUACGACAACAUUAGCAGAAUAACUGCUUCAUUGGGUGUGAAAUUCAAACAUUUUAUUUGCACUCUCUGAUGAAAGUGGUCAAAUCAUCUGUUUUCUGAAGUGAAGCUUUGUUGACCUUCUAAUGGGCCUUUUUGAAAAGAGUAUCAUAGAAUGACAUCGGGGGGAAAUUAAAUGCAUCUUUUAACACAGAUUUUAAGGCAUAGUGCAAUUGUUCAUGAUUUUUUUUUCACUAGAAAAUGCUCAUUUGCAAUAUUCGUUUAUAUAUACAUGCUUAUGUCUUAUUUUAAGUUCUUAAAUUAAGUAACUUUUAUGUUUUGGAAUAAGACCAAUGUUGAAAUGAAGUCAUUUUGAGUAUAAUGUCUCUCAUUAUAGACAUUGAUCAACACUGUGUGGGCUUGAAAAUGUUAAAAGACAAUCACAAGAAUGAUUUGUGUCUUAAUGAAGGACUCUGCAUUAAAGUGCUGAAGUCACUGA